CCGAGACUCAACAACCGUCUCCCUCUCAGCACCUCGGAGACACAAACGAACACCAUCUCAUGAUCUAGAAGUAAAGAGAAAUAAAAAGGCGACAACAAGUCUAGAUCGCCCACCAUGAAACUCGACAGCAAGGCCAUGCGCCACCUCACGGCCGAGGACUGGCGCGUCCUAACAGCCGUCGAAAUCGGCAGCAAGAACCACGAAGUCGUCCCGACGCCUCUAAUAGAGAGCAUAUCAAAGCUGCGCGGGGGCGCCGGCCGCGUGCACCACUCGAUCAGCGCGCUCGCCAAGGUCGGCCUGAUCGCGCGGAUGAAGGAAGCCCGGUACGACGGGUACCGCCUGACGUACGGCGGGCUCGACUACCUCGCGCUGCACACGUACGCCAGCCAGCGCGCCGUGUACAGCGUGGGCAACCAGAUCGGCGUGGGCAAGGAGAGCGACAUCCUGGUGGUCGCCGACGAGGCCGGGGUCCAGCACAUUCUGAAGAUCCACCGGCUGGGCCGCAUCUCGUUUCGCACGGUGAAGGCGAAUAGGGAUUACCUGCGGAAGCGCCAGGGCGGGUCGUGGAUGUACCUGUCGCGGCUUGCCGCGGAGCGCGAGUACGCCUUUAUGCGCGCCCUCAAGGAAGAAGGCUUCCUCGUUCCCGAGCCCUUGUCGCAGAGCCGGCACACGAUCCUGAUGUCCCUCGUCGACGCUUUUCCCCUGCGGCAGAUCGCGAGCGUGCCCGAUCCCGCGCUCCUCUACGCCGAGCUCAUCGCCCUCAUCCUGCGCCUCGCCAAGCACGGCCUGAUCCACGGCGAUUUCAACGAGUUCAACAUUCUAAUCAAGGAAGAACCCAUCCAAAAUUCCUCGGAUUCCGAUGCCGAGCAGAACCAAACCUCAUCAAAGGGCAAAGAAGUCGAGAGACACCCCGAUCCCGAAGCGACCCCUGAGAGCUCAGGGGAGAAGGAGGAGAUCAAGAUCACCCCGGUCCUCAUUGAUUUCCCGCAGAUGGUAUCCAUGGACCACGCCAACGCCGAGAUGUACUUCGACCGCGACGUAGCCUGUGUGAAGCGCUUCUUCGAGCGGCGCUUUCACUUCGUCAGCACGCAGCCAGGCCCCUUCUUUAAGGACGCCAAGAAGACCGUCGGAAAGGACGGAGCUCGCCGUCUCGAUGCCGCUGUCGAAGCCUCCGGCUUCUCGAAGAAGGCCCUCAAGGACCUAGAGGCAGCUAUCCGCGAGCAGCAGGAGGCUAGAGGCCCUGAGGGGGAGCAGGAUGAUUCCUCAGUUGAUGAUGAGGAUGAGGACAAUGAUGACGAUGACGACGGCGAAAAUGAUCACUCUGGAAAUGAGGAAAACAGCAUAGAUAAUGACCAAGAGACAGACAAUGAACCACCCAAGACGGGCACGAGCAGAGAUGAUCUUGUAAAUGUAAGCAUAUCCAAAUUAGCUAUUGGGGACGCUACAUAGGACAACAAAUGGAUUUCAAUUAAACGAACCAACCCCCUUUUACCUGGUUGAAAUCACAGCGACGGCCUCACAAUGCUUGCGCGGAUGAUAUUCAACACCAAACGCAACAAGGUUUGAAGACAUUGAUGUCAGCGGGAAUAUCAAAAAUUACAAAAUACAUGUGUGAAUCUAUCGAUACUGCCUAUAGACUAAACUACAAGUCGUUCCCCCCUCUGGCAGUA